CCUGAUUACAGUGGAACAGAAUCUUUGAAAUGCUUUGGUAGUCUCUCCGACAGAAGAAGAGGAAGGGUUAAUAAUAGCCUUUAAAGGAAGCCUGUUCGGCAGCACUUCCACUAAACACAAAUUGGAACAACCCUGGGAAUCUAUGAAGCACCAGUCUGUUGCCAAGGACAGAAGGAAUGAGCUCUUGCACAGCACUGCUGCAAUCGCAGUCAUUUAGGAGAUGUCUCAAUUCUAGCCGACUGUCCCAUCAAGUUUUUUUUCCUCUACUACUAAAUCAUACAAAUAGGUGACAACUCUGACGCUGAGUAUAAGCACACGGCAGCUAACAAGAGGAAAGGUGUUUGCUAGUUGUCGGUGAUGUCUGGCAGUGCUGCACUACCAUACUGCCGAGGAGCUUUUUCUGUACAAGAAGGGGGAUGCAAAGCUGCAAGUAGACCAACUCGCAGGAAAAACACACAGCCUUUUGAAGAACAGAACAUGCAAUUCUAAGAACAUAUACUCUAUAUUAUUUAUACAAGUCUCUCAAGCUGUACAUUGGUCAAUUUAUGAAAAUGCAGCUAACCAGAAGACUUUACGGGAGUUCUGUGCCUUGCAGUGGUCUCAUGCUUUUAUGUACACACCGAGCUUCAGAUGUGGUCCAGGGAGGAGGCAGCAGCCGUGAAAUGAUCUACUGUAAUUGACUGCUGCCAGAAGGCCAUGGCUAUACAGUAAGACAGUAUUCUGUGCUGACCACACUAUGGAUAAUAACACAGCUUUCAUUUUAUUUUAUGGCACAUAUUUUCCGUUAAUUAAAGUCCCAUGAUGGAUGAGUAUGGCACCGAAGUACCAUCAGUCACUUGGAACUUCUCGUUAAUGGAGUUGAACAUAUCACAUUAUAGCAACGGAAGCCUGGCUGCAAAUGGACUAUUGGAUAUGAACAAGCACUAUUUUAUUGGGCUCAUCCUAUCCUGUCUUUACACUAUUCUGCUUUUCCCAAUUGGAUUCAUUGGAAAUAUUAUGAUCCUGGUGGUAAACAUCCGAUUUCGAGAAAAGAUGACCAUCCCAGACUUGUAUUUCAUCAACUUGGCAGUGGCUGAUCUCAUCCUUGUGGCAGACUCUCUCAUUGAAGUAUUCAACCUCAGCGAGAAAUAUUAUGAUAUUACCAUCUUGUGCACUUUCAUGUCCCUUUUCCUUCAAAUCAAUAUGUACAGCAGCAUCUUCUUCCUCACAUGGAUGAGCUUUGACAGAUAUAUUGCACUGACAAAAGUCAUGAAAUCCAGUAUCUUUAGGACUAAAGAGCAUGCCAGGAUAAGUUGUGGACUCAUCUGGAUGGUCUCCAUCUCUGCCACUUUGUUGCCAUUCACAGCGGUUCAAGUGCAGCACACCGACGACAGGCAUUUCUGCUUUGCAGACGUUAAGACAAUUCAGUGGUUGGAAAUUACACUUGGCUUUAUUAUUCCCUUUGUAAUCAUUGGCCUGUGCUAUUCAUUAAUCAUUCGCGUUUUGGUAAGGGCUCACAAACAGCGAAACCUAAGACCAAGGAGGCAGAAGGCCAUGAGGAUGAUUGUAGUUGUUGUCUUGGUGUUCUUUAUCUGCUGGCUGCCGGAGAAUGUAUUUAUUAGUAUCGGACUUCUCCAAAAUGAUGAUAACCAGCAGAACAAUCAGUCUUUCAGGCAUAAGCACCCGCUCACAGGUCACAUUGUAAAUCUGGCAGCAUUCUCCAACAGUUGCUUAAACCCACUAAUUUACAGCUUUCUAGGAGAAACCUUUAGAGUUAAGCUGCGCUUAUAUAUUAGGGAUAAGAGAAGCAUGUCUUCUUUCAAUCGAUUCUGCCAAGUUUCUCUUAAAUCUGUCAUUCCUGACAGCAUGGAACAAUCGGAAGUCAAAUAUAACAGCGGUGUGUAAAUAAAGGUGCAGUGUUAAA